UUCACGGGGCUUCCAAAGGAGAUGUUGCGCAGUAGCAACUGCACUCGUUGGCUGGUAGCCGAAGACGUCAGCAUCUUUCACUGCUUCAGCGUUACCCCUUGGCUUCUGGCGGUAAGAAGAAACAAGUGUGUUAAGUGUAAGGACCGCGUUAAAUCUACAUCAGAAGUUUCAGUGGUGCGCACGUUAAGAAUUGCAAGAAUACACUUUUCGAACAACCUGGAUAUAAAACUGACCGAUUCUGAGAAGUUUAUUUCUGACCUGAAUUUUUGUCACUUCUGUUCCAAACAUUUUUCUUUUAACAGGUGUAUAAUAAAAGCUGCAAAUCCUAGUAAAUAUCAGGCAUAAUGUCAGUUAUAUUCGUGUUUCUGUUGCAUGCAUUCCUCUGUUUAAAAACUGGACUCGGGUCAGCCGCGUCUGAGGAUGCCACAAGAAAUGGGCAGGACAGCGGAGUGUUUGAUGCAGCGGAUGGUCAAACUUGGGACACCUCAACGACUGACAGAUCGGUGCGAGACAUGGUCUCAAUACAUAUGUUCAAGCUCUAUGAUAAAUACAACCGAGAGCUCAACCGACCGAGAGACGGGAAUACUGUUAGAAGUUUAAAGGCAAGAGCAGACAUCAUCGGUCAGGACUUUUACCAGUUCAACUUGACCUCCAUCACGGAGUCUGAGGUGGUACUUUCAGCCACAGUCCACUUCUUCUUCAACCAACGGCCACUGCAACGCUCCUGGGCCUGCAAGCGUUUCAGGGCCCCAUCCUGUCGUCCGCAGCACCUCCAGCAGCUGCCCCCCUUCCACCUCAUCUUCAGAGGAGCCUCACCAGGCAAUGGCCAUUGGACACUGCUGGGAAACAUCACUUUCUUCCCCCACAAGAGAGGCACGUGGCAAUCGAGAGACAUAUCACACGUCAUCAAGGAGGCCAGGAAGAUGGGUGAGCCCAUGGUUUCAGUCGAGUUCAACUCCAUCGCUGGGUACCAGAGACACCAGGAUCGCCUCUCACCGUCCAACUUACCCUAUGUGCUGGUCUUUGCCGAUGACCACGCUAUAUCAGAACCAAACAGCGUGGCCGCGACCCUACAGAGGUAUGACCCUUUCCCCCUCACCGAGGAGCACGCUCGAUCCCCAAACACCUCCCCCGACGCACGAGCGAAGAGGGACACGCGUGUCCGGGACCCCAUCCAAGACAACGAGCUCCCAGAUGUGGAGUACCGCACUCUGAAGAACGCUGAGCUGUGGGAAAGCGCUUACUUGCCACCAAAGCCAAAGUCCUCGACCAUGAAAGAGAGCCAGAGGAAAGGCUCAGGAGACACGGAAGGGCCCGGAAAGCCCCAGGUCCUGAGCUUUGAUGAGAAGACCAUGAAGAAGGCCAGGAGGCGCCAGUGGAGCGAGCCACGCAUCUGUGCCAGGCGUUACCUAAAGGUGGACUUCGCCGACGUUGGCUGGAGCGAGUGGAUAAUUGCCCCAAAAUCAUUUGAUGCCUACUACUGCUCUGGGACCUGCGGUUUUCCCCUCCCCAAGAUUCUCCGACCAUCCAAUCACGCCACCAUACAGAGCAUCGUGAAAGCAGUGGGAAUCACUCCCGGAAUCCCCGAGCCCUGCUGCGUUCCGGACAAAAUGAGCUCCCAGAGUGUCCUGUUCCUGGACGAGGCCAAGAACAUGGUGUUAAAGAUUUACCCCAACAUGUCCGUCCAGACCUGCGCUUGUCGAUAGAGAGAUCCCAGGGGAGAAUGCAAAGAACGAACUAAAACUUUGGUUGGACCAAUGUCCUGCAGGCUUGCUGAAAUGUAGGCUUGGUGCUGGGAUCUGAUGGAGGGGACUUGUUGUGUGAUGCACAGCUGAGUGGUGGUCCAGGAGCUAGGCUUUUGGACGCACUGCGCUCCGAAUGCCACACUGUUGAUCAAUGUUGUUUUUCUAAAAGUGUUCAUAGCCUUCAGUCUGCAAAGUAUGUCACCUAGUUUGUUGUUUGCCUCGAUACACUUGUUCCUUGUGGCCAGUAACCUCCUGUUAUUUAACUGGCCUCCCGACCAUUUUUUACUGAUUAUCCCUUCCCUUUCAUUUAUCUUAAUAAUCCAUCCUUUUGGCCCUAUCAUGUCCAUUCUCUGCUGAGUUCAUAUCUUUGAGACAAUAAGGACAAAUUGUGGGAGUAUAUUUACACCUGACUUUCCAGAAUUACUCUGUGUGCCUACCAUUGGUAUUAUCACGUGUUAUGGAGAAUUAUUUUCUUAUUUUCAAAUUCUUACCCUAAAAAUGAGAUUCUAAACACACAACGUCAGUAUUUAAUAAAUUCUAUUAUUAUUAUUAUUAUUAUUAUUAUUAUUAUUAUUAUUAUUAUUAUAGAAGCAGAAGUAUUAGUAGUAUUAUUAUUUGCAGGCAAUACACAGAUUUAAAAGUAUGGGCCCAAAUGUGCCAUUGGAUCUAUGAACCCAGCUAACCUGUCACAUUGUUAUUCUAUACAGUUAAACAUUAUACAGUUCUAUAAUGUUGCUGUAUUAUUGUAAUAACGUUACGUUACCAGUAUUAUUGGCAUAUUUAAUCUCGCAAUUUUCCAUGAUUAACAGAAUGCUUGUGUUGAGUGCUUCAGGUGGUAUCUAUAAUUCAAUCAGUUCUAUGAUUUAAGAAAUGUAAAAAGGUGAUAGAUAGGUCAGAUAAUUAUAUUUACCCAUACUUAUUACUAUGCCAUGUAAAUAUAUACUGUGUUUUAUCAUUUUAAAAAAAUAUUAUCAUGACAAAGUUGGCAAUAUACAUUUUCAUCAGUUUCACCUGAGAUAACAUUUUAUUUUCUUAUGUUUUUUGGUAUCCACAAAAUGUUCUUCAUUCUCACAAAAAAACAAGAAAUAUUUGUUUUCAUUUGUAUAGGUUUUUCAUAUAAGUCUUUAGUAGCAAUAUUGUUGUGUGGUUGUUGUUUCAAUACUUGUAAAUGAUGAAGAAUUAACUACCAAUAACUACCAUUAUUUGUCAAAAUAACGGUUCAGUAAACCAAAUAAAUUCACUUUUGUGUGAAUAAUAGUCACACGUGACCUUACUCCUAUUCUCAGAUAAUUAUUACAAUGUUGACCCAGAUGUAAUUUAAAAAAUAAAAUGAUCAGUUCCUGUUCUGAGUUUCUA